UGGUCUGUUUUUGUAGUUUCAAUCAAUAGGUCCAAAAUUAGAAUUGUUGUAACCUCUGUAAGUUGUGCUGCUAUCAUACUUCUGUCACUCGGUGUUCUCUUCGUGUUCCUGUAUUAACAAAUACAGAAGCUUAAGCGCGAUGUUUUCGUCGAUGUCACAGGUGAAGACGACCUCAAAAUUUCCUUUGGCCAGCUACGGCGAUUCUCAUGGCGUGAAAUCCAACUCGCCACCGAUAAUUUCAACGAGGGAAACAUAAUUGGACAAGGAGGGUUCGGAAGAGUUUAUAAAGGUGUCCUCUCCGACAACACCAAGGUCGCCAUAAAACGCCUCGCGGAUUAUUAUAGUCCCGGCGGUGAAGCCGCAUUCCAGAGGGAAGUCCAGCUCAUAAGCGUUGCAGUUCACAAUAAUCUUCUACGGCUGAUCGGGUUCUGCACAACGUCGUCCGAAAGAAUUCUUGUUUAUCCUUUCAUGCAAAAUUUAAGUGUGGCGUAUCAACUCAGAGAUCUAAAACCUGGAGAUAGGGGCUUGGACUGGCCAAUGAGGAAACGUAUAGCUUUCGGAGCAGCGCAUGGUUUGGAGUACCUACACGAGCAUUGCAAUCCGAAGAUAAUACACCGUGAUUAAAGCGGCAAACAUCCUUUUAGAAGACAAUUUCGAAGCUGUUCUUGGCGAUUUCGGGCUCUCAAAGCUUGUCGAUACGAAGUUGACUCAUGUCACCACUCAAGUACGAGGUACCAUGGGUCACAUUGCCCCAGAAUAUUUGUCCACGGGAAAAUCUUCUGAAAAACGGACGUCUUCGGAUACGGUAUAAUGCUUCUUGAACUUGUAACCGGUCAGCGUGCAAUAGAUUUUGCUCGGUUAGAAGAGGAAGAGGAUGUCCUUCUACUCGAUCAUAUAAAAAAGCUGCUGAGAGAAAACAGGGUUGAUGACAUUGUUGAUGGGAACUUGAAGAUUUAUGAUCCGAAAGAAGUCGAGACGAUUGUUCGAGUUGCACUGCUGUGCACCCAGAGCUCGCUCGAAGACCGGCCAACGAUGGCGGAAGUGGUGAAAAUGUUGGAUGGAGUGGGGCCGGCCGUGAGAUGGGCGGAAUGGGAGGAGCUCGAAGAAGUAAGGAACCGAGAGUUCAUGCUUUUCUCCCAUCAGUUCACUUGGGGUGAAGAUUCAACUGUAGACCAAGAAGCCAUACAAUUGUCCAGAGCCAGGUAACCUACACAUGUAAUCGGUUUUCAGCUAAACUUUGGAGGGCCAUCAGAUUUUGUACAUAUAUGUCAAAAACAUUGGAAUUAUCUAAACUUUAUGCUUAUUAUCUAAUUACAACGCUGCAUGUCCUCCUUGUAAUGCGAUAU